AAAAAAAAAAAAAACCCUACAAAACCCUCUGCAAAACUUGCAAAAACAAAAGCAAAAAUUAUUUGGUUGAAUCUAAAAUCAAGUCUAACUAUGGCAUUGUCAAUCUCCAAUGUUUUUCACUGCCCAAAACCUAAAAUUUCACCACGGAAUUCUAUGCUCAACUCUUCAAUCUCCAUGCUCUCAUCUUCUUUUGUUAGGUUUCCUGGGAGAUUUGCUUUUCCAAGGAGUAAAAUCGUGAUUUGUGCUGCUUCAUCUGGAGCAGGAAGCGCUAAUCCAGAUGGUGACUUAAACCCUUAUGAGGUUCUUGGUGUGAGCCCUAUUGAGGGAUUUGAAAAGGUCAAGCAAGUGUAUACAAGAAAACGCAAAGAGGCUGACAAGAGAGGUGAUGAGGCUACUGCUGCACUACUUGAGAAGGCAUAUGACAAACUCAUGAUGGCACAAUUAAUGAAUCGGAAGAAGGGUGUGACAUACGGUUCAUUUAAGGUUUCAAAGGAUGUGAAAUAUGCUGAUAAGCUGCCAAUUGUACCAUGGGGGCCAAGGUUCACCAAGUCUAGCGUACAAGAUAUGCGUAUCAACCUGGCAAUUUCUGCUGUAUUUACGGCUUGGAUUGUAAUACAGCGCAUUGCUGAAUAUAAACCUUUGCAGUUUUUGGCUUUUGCAUUUGUGUAUCGAAUUUUUGAGAAAUUAAAAGCCUCUGAACCACCAGUAUCACCAACGUAUACGGAAGAAGGUGAAGAUGAAGGGCGGGCCCUGCGAAUGGGAAAAAGACUUCUUCGUUCUCUUGCACUAGUUUUUGGUUGUAUUGCUCUGUCCUCUCUGGCAUACACAGGUCUUUUGAAUUUGAUCGAGUAUGUUGGCAGUUAUAUACCUGCUGUUCUCUACAAUAACCAGGAACUCAUAGUCACCACAGCAUCGGCAGUCGCCCUAUACUUUGUGGCAUCGUACUAUAGGUGAUGAGUUUAAUGGAGUUCAGAUUGAGGAAUCGUUCAGAAGUUGAUAGUUUUGAAGCUUGUUUCGUUCUGUUAAUUUUAGCUCUCCAAUUUUGUCAAAUAAUAUACAAACUCUUACAAUGUUGAAAAUUAAGGGGGAAACAUAGUUUUGCUUCUAAUAUAACAUCCAUCUGUUUGGCCUUUAAAAUUUUUAGAGAUGCAUAUGAUACUUAGCUGUCAUAUUGAGAAAUUCCUGCUUUAUUAUUAUUAUUAGCAAAGGGUACUAAAAUUAUUAAAAAGGUUACCAAAAUUAUACAAAAAAUUAUUAAACUUACAUCAAACGUUAUUCAAAUAAAAAUUAUCAUGUUAUAUUAAAGAUUAACAAAUUACAUAAAAUGUUAUAGUAUCUUUCAGAAAAAAAAAAAAAUUAAAUGAGAGGAGGUCACUCUAUUUUAGGGUUAAGGAAUUUUGCAAGUCUCGCAAAAAUCGAAUUUAAAUUUUAUAAGCAAAGUAUUUAAUUUUUAUCAACUCAGCUAAUCCCUUAAUGAUAUACCUGAGAAGAUAAUUAUAUCUUUCUUGGUGUUAAAGGACAUAAUUAUAUCAUAGAAGUAAUUAUUUGUAAUGGGCCGGGUUAAAAAUGCCAAGCUAGUUCGGCCCGAAAUUAGUUUCGAGCUUGUCCAUGUUUGCAAUUUCAGUCCACCAACUGCCCAAAAAAAAAAAAAAAUCAUGGAUUGAGGGUCCUACUUUAAUUAUGCAAACUUUGAGGGGUCAAAUAAAAAUUUUAUAAGAUUAUGAUUCCCUUUUCUUCCUCCACGGUUGCCAUAAACGUUUCCACUCAAUAAUAAAGGGUUUACAGAUAUUGAAGUUCAGGUAUUGAAAUUCAGGGCUUUGCCCGAAAAAGAAA